UCAUGGGCUUUCCUCUGCGCUGAGACGAUGCAGCAGUCAGCGGUCGGUGGGUGAAGGAAGGCGGCCGGUUGGGGAGCCUAGAGGGAGUAGCUGAGGCGUCUCUGAAGACGACGACAGUGAGGGAGAACGUUUAUCAGUUCAUGCGGGACAGAAAUCGUCUGGCUCGGGAUUUCACGGUGUAGACGAGGACCGGUGGGCACGGCCUAGCAACACGAGAGACCCAACAUGCACCGAAUAACGGGAAAAGCCGGAGGCGACAACUUGAUUGAGAUGAGCCCCACAGAAUCUUUCAACGAUAACAUAAAUGGCUACCACCAACACAGCUCACCCAGCACAGGAUCCCUCGAGCAUGGACAAUCAGCGAUUGACAAACAGCAAUACAGUAAAGACUCAGUGUUCUUCCGUGAUGGAGUGCGCAGAAUUGAUUUUGUCCUGUCCUAUGUUGAUGAUAAAGAAGGUGAGAAGAAACAGGAGAGGAGGAAGGUGUAUGAGGCAAAUUUAGCGAAAGUUGGCUUGGAGCUGGAGACAGAAGAUAAAUUGGAUUCAGAAGAUGGAAAGACUUAUUUUGUAAAGAUCCAUGCUCCAUGGGAAGUGUUGGCCACCUACGCAGAUGUACUGAAGAUCAAAGUUCCAUUCAAGGCCAGCGACAUCCCAGACAAAAGCGAGAUGCCAAUGAACUGGUUGUCCACCCCCUUUCGUCUGCCUGAGCACAUCAUGCACCCUGAGCCAGACUAUUUCACAGCUCCUUUUGACAAGAGCAAGUCUGACUUCUUCCUUAUCAACGACAAAGAGACAUUCUUCCCCCCUUCCACUCGCAACAGGAUAGUCUACUAUAUCCUGUCCCGCUGUUCAUACUCCAGGGAUGAAUGUGGAGAUAAAGACAAGAAGGGAAUCAAGAGGUUACUCAACAAUUAUACCUACACUGCUGCCUUCCCCCUGCAUGAUUGUAGAUACUGGAAAAGAUCGAAGGAUGCUAACUGCGAAAGUGAGAGAUACAAUCUCUACAAAUACUGGGCCAGAUUCUUCUGUUUCUUCAAGGAGCAGCCCCUCAAUCUUAUAAGGAAGUAUUAUGGGGAGAAGAUAGGUAUCUAUUUUGCGUGGCUGGGUUUCUACACUGAGAUGUUGCUGUUUGCUGCAGUAGUAGGGACAAUUUGUUUCAUCUAUGGAUUCCUCACUUACGAUGACAAUCAGUGGAGUAAAGAAAUAUGUAGUGAGGAAAUUGGAGGCAACAUUGUCAUGUGCCCGCUGUGUGACAAGAAAUGUGGCUUCUGGAAACUCAACACAACAUGCAACUCCUCAUGGCAAUCACACCUUUUUGACAACGUGGGAACAGUGUUUUUUGCCAUAUUCAUGGGGAUUUGGGUGACACUGUUCCUGGAGCUCUGGAAGAGGCGGCAGGCCCGUCUCGAGUAUGAGUGGGAUCUGGUCGACUUUGAGGAAGAGCAACAGCAGCUGCAGCUUCGGCCAGAGUAUGAGACCAAGUGCACCAACCGCAAGCUGAACCGCAUCACUCAGGAAACAGAGUGGGUUCUUGACAGGACUGCUACAGAUCUAAUGGGGAAAUUUUUGCUGUGCUGGGCCACCGUGAUCCUCUGGAUCUCAUUGAUCAUUGCCUGCAUCAUUGGGGUGAUAGUGUACCGCCUGGCGGUAUACGCGGCCUUCGCCAGCAUCAUGAAGGACAGUCCGACCACCAACCUGCAGGUGGUUGGCCCCUACAUCACACCACAGCUGGCCACCUCUGUCACUGCCUCCUGCAUCAACUUUGUCAUCAUCAUGAUCCUCAACCUCAUGUAUGAGAGAGUGGCUGUUUGGAUCACUGAUAUGGAAAUUCCAAAGACCCACCUGGAGUAUGAGAACAAACUGACAAUGAAGAUGUUCCUCUUCCAGUUUGUCAACUACUACUCCUCCUGCUUCUACGUGGCUUUCUUUAAGGGCAAGUUUGUCGGCUAUCCUGGAGAAUAUGCUUAUAUGUUUGGCAAGUGGAGCAAACUGAGGAAUGAAGAGUGUGACCCUGGUGGCUGUCUGAUUGAGUUGACCACUCAGCUGGUUAUAGUGAUGACUGGUAAACAGGUGUGGGGUAACAUCCAAGAGGCUCUGGUCCCGUGGGUGAUGAACUGGUGGGACAGCAGGAAGGCUCGAAACCACCCAGAGAGUCUGUACAGCCGCUGGGAGCAGGACCACAACCUACAGGGCUUUGGACAGCUGGGCCUUUUCUACGAGUACCUGGAAAUGGUUGUCCAGUUUGGUUUCAUCACACUUUUUGUCGCCUCCUUCCCCCUGGCACCCCUGCUGGCACUUAUCAACAACAUCAUUGAGGUUAGAGUGGAUUCCUGGAAGCUCACCACCCAGUACAGACGUCCCAUGGCAGCCAAGGCCCACAGUAUCGGAGCCUGGGAGGAAAUCCUCAGUGGGAUUGCCAUACUCUCUGUUGUCACAAAUGCAUUCAUUGUGGCCUUCACCUCUGAUAUGAUCCCUCGGCUCGUGUACAUGUAUGCCUACCAGCCAGAGGGUGAAAUUAAUAUGAAAGGCUACAUAAACAACAGCCUGUCUGUGUUUUAUAUCUCUGAGAUCCAACUUGCCAACAGCCCCGAGGAAGGGGAGAACCCCCCUUGGUUCAACAGCUCCAUCACUACCUGCAGGUAUCGUGAUUACCGCUACCCUCCUGGCCAUGAGAAGCAGUACACCCAAACUAUGCAGUUCUGGCAUAUUUUGGCUGCCAAGCUGGCUUUCGUUAUUACCAUGGAGCAUGUUGUUUUCUUGGUCAAGUUUUUCGUAGCCUGGAUGAUCCCAGAUGUUCCCUCCGACGUGAGGGCUCGAGUUAAGAGAGAGCGCUACCUGGUCCAGGAGUAUCUCCAUAACUACGAAGUGGAGAAGCUGAAGAUCCAACUCAGCCAAAACAGCAACAGUGACUGUACCUGUACACCCAUGAUCUAUCCGUCUUUACCCAAACAUGAGGUGCUGUCAGAGUGUCUCUAGCCCAGCGAGAGCUGGUCAAUCAGCUGGACAUGAUGGCAUGACAUGGUGAUGUAGUUUUCCCUGCUUGUGUAUUAUGAUACUGACCAUCAUUUUACUGUAGUGCCUAUGUUGUUUGUGCCGUGCACACACAGACAACUUUUAUUAAAGAGCUAGAGGUUUCCAUAAUUCGCCACCCUUCUUAUACUAAUCUGCUGAUAGUGGAAGUGCACACAGGUGAAAAACCAAGUCUCCAUGCAUGCUGAAACUUGAGGCACUUGAAUUUUAAUGUCUGUCUCAUAUUUAUGGCUUUUCACUCUGCGUGUUGUAAUUAUAGUGCUGAGGAUAAUCAAAAUUUGCUGUAAGGAAAGAAAGAGGAAAUCUUAUACACUGUAUCUAAACCAGACAACCUAGUCUGGUUUAGAUACAAGACUUAUUUAUUUAAGUGCCACUGUAAGUUACCAAAGACUGGAUGCCUUAAUAUAUCACAUACUUAUGACUGAUUUUAUCUAUCCACUAGUAGAAUAACAAUAUUAUUUGGAAACUCAUUUUCAGGUUUGAAUAUUUCUUUGUUUGUAAGUAAAGCGAUAUGAAGGGUUUCAGUGUCAUGUACUGUAAGUUUAUGUUGAACUCGAUUCUUGUUUUUACUGCAACAAAUGUGAGCAUUUUUUAUUUGACAGCAUUGAGGUCAUGGUAUGGAUGUAACAUACUUUUAUCCAAUUAUUUUCCCCACUACGCUGGCUGUUAAGAGGCCUGGUCACAUUUUGCUACCCUCUCAUAACAGCCCAACAGUUGCUCCAGGACAAAACCUGACAUUUGAAGUAGGUUUUUAUGAAGAGAAACCUGUGCUGCUGUCACUACUAUGAGUAAAGGCAGAUUUUGUCCUGCAGUGGCCAGUUGUUAAGCAGCCACAGCAGCAGCUGGUGCAUGUUGACUGUUGACAGUGAGUCCUGUUCCUGUAGAUGGGAAGCGAAAGGCCCUGAGAGAGUGAAGAGAUCCCUUUUUAAUGUGCCUCUGUUUACCAACACAUUGGAGCUAAUGAAAGCUUGCCCCCACCUACUCAACUAUGUUUGCUCCAUUACACAAAGCACAUCAGCCAUCGCCUUGUUCUUGUGCUUUUGGUUUCCUCAGCUGUGUCUUUGUAGAGAAGGAAAGAUACACAUUCUUUUUUUUUUUUUUUUUGCACAAAGCACUUAAUGAAACCUGACUACCAAGACAUAAACAUGUCAAUCUAUUUGUUGUCCUGAUGCUAUGUAUUCAUAAUCAGUAUUUUGAAGCAGUAAUGUGUGAUAGUCUUUGUUCAUUUGGAUGGAAGAUGAGUUGUACUGUAGUAAAGAGUUCCCUGUUUUGAUUUUGAUGUUUAUAUUGAGCUUAAAUGCCAACAAAGAGAAAGAUGUAGCUCUUUAUUCUGAAAUUAUAUGAAGGACAUUUCACAUUUAUUAGGCUGCAUAAAUAGAAAUAUUUGAGACGUAUUGAAUUAUUCUAAUUUUAUGUAAAAUAGCUGACUGUCUGUGCUUCAAACUCAGGCAACUAAAUCAUCAGUAUGUUGAGGUGUAUGUAGACGUGACCACUUGAGCUGAGAGCGAUGUUGGGCUGUUGCUUAGCUAAACUAGUGCCUGUUGAUGCCUUAAUAGAUCUGAUAACUUUGUUGUCUAUUUUAUUUCUUAGUACAUCUCUUUUAAAUUAACUUUUUCUUUUAAAUGUCUGUCUUCUUUUUAUUAUGCUUUAGUAAUAUUUUAUUUUAUACUGUUACCAUACGUGAAAAAGGUGAACCUGUUUACUGUAUGCUAGUGCUAAAUUUCAUGUUUUCAUUUAUUUGGUUCUGUAAUUUUUUUUAUUCUCCUAUAUCUAAAUGUGUAAUGUAACAAAGACAGUUCUCCAAAAUAAACUACUAGUUAAGCUUGAGUAAUUGUUGGACCUGUUUGGAUCAGUCCUUAAUGCUGUAGACUGUCAGCUCCUUUGCUGAGGGAAGGAAAGAUGCUGUUCACAUAACAGAUGGCCUGAGAG